AUGUCCCUCUUCUGGUCCCAAUGGCAGCCGCAAUUCUGGACCAAAGAAACCGUGGCGUGGCUGAAGCAGACCUGGGGCAUCACGCUGCUGCGCUGCCCCAUGGCGGUGGAGGUGCGUUUCUGCGGCGAGACGACGGAGUUGUUCGGUUUGGAAGGAUCAGGUCUGAGCCAGGGCUGGGGGGAGGGACCCCCCGAGACGAGCCGGGAAGCUCCAUUCGACGGAUUUCACAAGAGAAGAGGCUACCUCACUCCCGGCAACAAGCAGGCGGAGCUUAAGAAGCUCGAGACGGUGGUGGAUGCUGCGCUGGAGCUUGGCAUCUACGUGGUGAUUGACUGGCACGACCAUAACGCGGACCAGCACCAGAAGGAGGCGGCCGGCUUCUUCAAGAAGAUGGCCAAGAAGCCCUCCGCCUGGGGCCGGUAUGGGAGCUACCCCAACGUCAUCUUUGAGGUGUUUAACGAGCCGAUCAAGCAGAGUUGGGAGGAGGUCAUCAAGCCUUACCACGAGAUGAUCGUGGAAGUGAUCCGGGAGCACUCCACCAAUCUCAUCGUCCUGGGCACCCGGAUUUGGUCCCAAGACGUGGAUGUGGCCGCAGCGGACCCGGUGGCCGGUGAGAACUUGGCGUACACCAUCCACUUCUACGCCAAUACCCACAAACAGGAGUUGCGGGACAAGGUGUCGAAGGCCCUGGAGUUGGGCGCCGCGGUGUUUGCCACGGAGUGGGGCACCUGCGACGCCUCGGGGGACGGCACGGUGAACCUGGCCGAGGCCGAAAGGGGAAACCGAAACGAGGGGCCGGUGAGGGGGGGGAGGGGGUCGGAGGGUCUUUUGGUGGCUGUCUAA